AUGUCCUGUCCAGCGCGUAUCUAUCCCUUCCGCAAACCCGAAGGUCACAAGCUUCCGAUCCCACGAUGGCACCUCGUCCUCCCAGAUGAUGUCACCCAUGUUUGCACGGCAUAUAUCGGGGUUCAGAAACAUUCUGACGGUCGAGAUUCUGACCUUGCUCGAGAUGAGGCUACAGAAACAAUUCAGUCAUGGGUGAAUGGCGAUACUGGACCUGCGGCAUAUGAGACAUUCGCGGUAAUUGAUGGAUGCGAUAUCCAAGAAUCUACAAUUUGGGUGUGUUAUUGGUCAGACAAGGCAAAAUAUGAGAAAGGUCUCAAUGGCCUCUCACUAAAGUCUAUCUACUCCCAACUACCAGAAACAGGCCGUGCCUCAGUGGGCAUCUGGCGAGAGGCGUUCAUCACAGAGUUUCCCCGCCUUGAAACAAAUUACUCAGGCCUCGAUUAUCUCCCUGGUCUCGCAAAACUUCCUGGCGCAAGUUUUCCAGAACAUACACUCUCGGCAUAUUGGGGCGCAGCGAGAGACAGAAUCCCCUCAUCUGCCUACGAUCUCUUCCCUCCAUCAAAUCCAACUCCACCAACCAUAAUUCCUCAGGGUUUUGGUCAAUAUCUUGUCGGAACAAAUGCUGAAAACCUAGCUCAUAUUCGCUCAGGACAGUUUUGGGAGAACUGCGGUCAACAGGAAGCUGACUCUUAUGACAAAAAGCUUGAGCCCACUCUACACUCUGGCCUACAAUAUCUUUGGGAGAAUUCACCUGACACCGGUGCUUUGGGACUGCGAUAUCUCAGAAACCAAGAUCCCCCAGUUGAGGAAACUCGACCUCGAAAAGAGUCGUGCGGCGCUGGCUUCUUCACCAAUCUCGAAGCCCUUGAAAACUGGGCAAAAAGCCACAAGUCUCAUCUGGCUAUAUACCGCGGUGCACUAGCUCACUACAAGACCUUUGGAGACGAAAGGAAAUUCCGAACAUGGCAUGAAGUUUCUGUUCUCAGGGCAGGAGAUGCACGGUUUGAGUAUUUGAACUGUGUGCCCGAGACAGGACUUAUUCGAGGCGUUAUUCUCAAGGCAGAGAGCAUUGAGCGACAAGUGUGA